GUAACAUUCAAUCCCGGUUUAACUAAAAGCACUGAACCGCUUCUUAGCAAAGAUUGGAAAAAUUCGAAGAUGUUGUUGCCAUUCCACGGAUUUGAUAAAGAUACUUAUCCAGAGGAAUACAAGCAAGCGAUCGAUCUUUUGAAAGACGCCUACUUCGAUGACACAACCAAUGCUGAUGCAAUUAAACGUGGAAAUAUUGCUUUACUCUCUGAAUCGAACUUUGGGUAUGGUACUCUCAAAGCUGCUCGGUAUCAAGUGAUAGCAAACAACAAAGGAACACCAAAAAAUACGUUUCUACUGAGAUUUUCUGUAAACGCUGACAUCAGCAACCUGUCUCACUUGGAUAAAGAUGGAGCAGCUCAUGGGGAGGAACUUUGUUUUAUUUUCCGUUGCGGUUUUUUCGACAGUUACAAAUUAUACGAAAACGCAUUACAAAUCAGAGACGAUUCCAAUGUGAACUAUAGGACAAUUAGGCGUAUGGUCGAUAUAAUCACUAAUUUUGCUCGAACUGGCAAUCCAUCGGUUGAAGGAGAUACUCCGUUCAUGUCAUCGACAUCACCGGACAAAAUUUUCAGCCAAGACAUCACAAAUGAUCCAAACAGCAGCUUAAUGACCGAUUUAAUGCAACAAACUCAUUUCAAUACAUGGGAGCAGAUUGAUGACACCCAUCAAAAACUAAAAUCUAGGGACACUCAAGGAUACUGUGAUGCUUCCACUUGUGAUGACCACAAAAAUUAAGACAAUGAAAACACUUCCAAAUAGCGGCGUAGCCAGAGAUGAAUUUCAGGGUUUUUUUUUGAGUUACUUGAUUUUCAAGGGGGAG